AUGGGGCCUUGCGCCACCUUCACCGCCCUGCUGGCGCUCGGUCUACUCCUGAACUACCUGGUGCAUUUUUCUAGGGUGCAAGUCCUGACUGCAGAUGACGCUUCCGUCGAAAUGUCGCAGAGACAUCGGAAUGAAGAUAUGCCGGAGCCGAUUCGAGGCAUUCUCUGGAUGAGAGGCAACACGUGCCCAGAGCUCCUGGUUGCAAUGGAAGCCGGAGCCUACGACAACGCAAGUCGAACGAUUCUUUUGACGUUCGGCGCUGCAUAUAGCUGGACUUAUAAUUCGGACAUUCUAGGUUGGCUCGAGUACGCAGGAGUGACGAUGAACCUUGCCUUUUUAAGCCCAGGAAAGCUCAGGAUAAAGUUCGACGAAGACACUAGCAGGCUUGCAACAGUGCAGGUUACUAUCGGUGGCAUCAGCCUAGCGGAUGCAAUUGGACUCUGGGCCAUGAACCGAACAGAUGAUGUAGGAGAUUUUUGGGAACGAUUAAUGUUGGCUGAAGCCGACUGGCAGUUCGUAUAUGACAUCAAGAAGGUCCUUGAUGCUAAUGGAACGAAGCUGCCAUCAUGGUCACAGAUGGUGGACUCUGCGACGUCUGGAGCUGUGGUACAUGGGAAAAUGUGCGACCAGGUUUUCCGUCGCACGGCAACGGUUAAGACAUAUGCACAGCUGCUGCACGGAGAGUUCUCGAUGCUUCAGGUCCUUUUGUCCUGCCUCUUCGGUGCUCUUUGGCUGACCUUGGCUAUGUGCUGCGUCAGACGGAUCGACGCCAAGGCUCCAUCGCCAGAGUUCGAGCCACUUGCUGGGCAUCCUGAAGCUUGA